AUGUCUACUGCAGACGAGCUCAAGGCUCUAGGCAACAAGGCCAUUGCGGAGAAGAACUUUGACGAGGCUGUCAAACACUUCACUGCAGCCAUUGAACUCACACCCGAUAACCACAUUCUUUACAGCAACCGAUCAGCCGCAUACGCAUCCAAGAAGGAAUACGAAGCAGCGCUCAAGGAUGCAGAGAAGACAGUUGAGCUGAAGCCCGACUGGCCCAAGGGCUACAGCCGGAAGGGAGCUGCGCUCUAUGGCAAGAGGGACCUGGCUGCAGCCGCCGACGCAUAUGAGGCUGGCUUGAAGCUGGACCCGAACAAUGCGGGCCUGAAGAAUGACUUGGCAUCGGUUCAGAGGGCGAUUGAUCAGGAGCUUGCAGGAGGAGGACCCAGCGGCUCUGACCCGAUGGGUGGCCUUGGCCAGAUGUUCAACGACCCCCAGCUCAUCCAGAAGCUCGCCUCAAACCCCAAGACCGCCUCCCUUCUUGCAGACCCCUCGUUCAUGCAAAAACUCCAGUCCAUCCGUUCCAACCCCAGCAACAGCACAGAGCUCUUCAGCGACCCGCGCAUGAUCCAAGUACUAGGCGUCCUCAUGGGCGUCGACAUGGAGAUGCGCGACCCCGCAGAUAUGCCCGCAGGCAGUGUCCCCACCCAGGAGGACUCCCCGAUGCCGGAUGCCCCCAAGCCCCAGCCCGCCAAGGCUCCCGAACCCGCUCCCGAGCCGGAACCGGAAGAAGAAGACGAGGAGGCGGCCGAGAAGCGCAAGGCCAAGGAGGCAGCCGACAAGGAGAAGGCCAUCGGAACUGAGAACUACAAGAAGCGAAACUUUGAUGAGGCCAUCAAGCACUACCAGGCAGCCUGGGAUCUGCACAAGGAUAUAACAUACCUUAACAACCUCGGCGCGGCACAGUUCGAGAAGGGCGAUUACCAGGCCUGCAUCGACACGUGUACCAAGGCUGUGGAGGAGGGUCGCGCCAUCUACGCCGACUUCAAGACCAUUGCCAAGUCGUAUGCGCGAAUCGGCUCGGCGAACGAGAAGCUUGGCAACAUGGACACUGCCAUCGAAAACUACAAGACGUCUCUGCGUGAGCACCGCACACCCGAUGUGUUGAAGAAGCUCAAUGCGUGCGAAAAGGCCAAGAAAGAGAAGGAGAGACUCGAGUACAUGGACCCGGUCAAGGCCGAGGAGGCACGCGAGGAGGGUAACACCAAGUUCAAGAACUCGGACUGGCCCGGUGCGGUGGCCGCCUACUCGGAGAUGAUCAAGCGGGCGCCUGAUGAUCCCCGCGGAUACAGCAACCGGGCCGCCGCCUUUGUCAAGUUGCUCGAGUUCCCCUCUGCCCUGCAAGACUGCGACACGGCCAUCGCCAAGGACCCCAAGUUUAUCCGCGCCUACAUCCGCAAGGCCCAGGCCUACUUUGGUAUGCGCGAGUACAGCAAGUGCAUGGACGCCUGCACUGAGGCUGCGCAGGUCGACCGCGAACACCACAAUGGCGCGAACGCCAGGGAGAUCGAGCAACAGCAGAACAAGGCUCUGCAAGCCAUGUACGCGGCCAGGGAGAACGAGACGGAGGAGCAGACCAGGGAGAGGUUGCAGCGUGACCCAGAGAUCAUGGGUAUCAUGGCCGACCCCGUCAUGCAGGCCAUCCUGCAACAGGCACAGAGCGAUCCUGCCGCUUUGCAGGAGCACAUGAAGAACCCCAGCGUUCGCACCAAGAUCCAGAAGCUGGUUGCUGCCGGCGUCAUUCGCAUGGGUCGUUAA